GUCAGACUUAUUGAUCCCCUGCUAGGUUCACCAAUAGUUGGUGAUGUGGCAUACACUGUGCUGGCGAAGCUCUCAAAGUGUGUUGCCCCCCCUCUCUCCAACUGGGCUCUUGAAAUUGCCACGGCUUUGCGGCUAAUUAGGACAGAGGAACCUAACGUCUUAUGGGCACUAUUUCCAUCAGCUAGUGAGGAGGCUAACGAAAAUCCUGGUCUCUUUGAGCGAGUAGUAAAUGGCUUAUCAUUCUCUUGUAAAUCUGGGCCACUUCCUGUGGAUUCAUUUACUUUUGUUUUCCCAAUAAUGGAGAGGAUACUACUGGCUUCCAAGAAGACAAGGCUGCACGAAGACGUUCUCCAGAUAAUAUUCUUACAUUUGGAUCCUGCCUUACCCCUUCCGAGGGUUCGAAUGCUAUCAGUUCUAUAUCAUGUUCUUGGUGUUGUUCCUGCGUAUCAAGCUUCCAUUGGUCCAUCACUUAAUGAAUUAUGUCUAGGAUUGACUGCAGCAGAAGUUGCCUCUGCCCUUUCUGGUAUUUAUGCCAAAGAUGCUCAUGUGAGGAUGGCAUGCUUGAAUGCAGCAAAAUGCAUUCCUGCUAUUGCGGGCCGCUCUACUCCUCAAAAUAUUGAAGUUGCAACCAGCAUAUGGCUUGCUUUACAUGAUCCAGAAAAG